AUGGCUCCUCGCACGGAAUUCAGCACUGAACAAGUGCGCAACAAGGCCCGGAAGGACCUGCUAUACAUGCUUGAGGGUGUUCGAGGGAAGAAGAAUGUUGUCUUUGAUCGCAGUUUGGUCGGCCCGAUCGGCACUAUUGUAAAGGCUACCACGCUUCAGGAAUACGGGGUUGAUAAGUUCUUUGUACUUGAAAACAACAAUGUCGAUACGAGCCAGCGCAAUGUCGUUUUCAUCGUGAGAGGCGAGUCCGGCAGGCAUGCCGAGGCAGUCGCAGCCCAAAUCAAACGAGUUCAACGUGAGAGCCAGACCGGCCAUGAAUUUCACAUCUUCUGGGUGCCCCGCCGGACACUACUAUCCGAUCAAAUACUGGAGGAAUCAGGUGUUUUGGGCGACGUGAACGUUGCAGAAUUACCGUUAUCGUUCUUUCCUCUGGAGAACGAUGUACUCUCUCUCGAGCUAAACGACUCUUUCCGGGACCUAUAUCUAUCAAAGGACAUCACUCCAAAUUUUUUAUUGGCCAAGGCUCUUAUGGAAAUCCAGCAGAAUCACGGGCUGUUCCCCCGGAUCAUUGGAAAGGGAGAUAACGCCAAAAAGGUUGCCGAUCUUCUGGGACGGAUGCGACAAGAACUGCUGGCAGGCGGGGACUCCAGCGAAGCGAACCGCGCGGGCCUAACACCAAGCACGACAAAUGACGGUGUUAUCAUUAUCGAUCGCGAGGUUGACUUCGUCACGCCUCUUCUUACCCAGCUUACGUACGAAGGUCUCAUCGAUGAGGUGUUCGAGAUACAGAAUAAUCAGACGAAGGUCGAUACUGCAAUCGUUGGUGCCCCCGCUCAAUCUCAGUCCUCGGCAGCGACACCACAGAGUCGAAAACGAACAAUCCAGCUCGACUCGAGUGACAAACUCUACGACCAGCUUCGCGAUGCGAACUUUGCUAUCGUAGGAAGCCUUCUCAACAAGGUCGCCCGCCGGUUACAGCAAGUCCAAUCCGAUUACGAGACCAAGCACAAGACCAAGACGAUUGCAGAGCUCAAAGAGUUCGUGGGCCAGCUUCCUGGCUACCAGCAAGAGCACCAAAGCGCUAGGAUACACACAGGACUAGCGGAGGAGAUAAUUAAGCACACCCGGUCGGAUCAAUUCAAGGGAUUACUAGAGGUGCAGCAGAAUAUCGCCGCUGGCGCCGACCCCUCGACCCAAGCCGACAGAAUCGAAGAGCUCGUGGCCCGGGAUACACCGAUACGAGAGGUUUUGAGAUUACUGUGCAUUUACUCAUGCAUAUCAGGUGGCAUCAAGCCAAAGGAAUUUGACCACUUCAAACGCCUGAUACUCCAAGGUUACGGCCACCAACAUAUCCUCACUUUGAACAGCUUGGAAAAACUACAACUCUUUCUAUCGCGCUCUUCGCCUCUAGCAGGGAUGAUACCAAUGACGGGCAACGCCGGACCGAGCGGCGGGGCGAAGACGAAUUAUACAUACCUGCGAAAGCAAUUGCGUCUAAUCGUGGACGAGGUUCAAGAGGACGACCCGAACGAUAUUGCUUAUGUGUACAGCGGUUAUGCGCCACUUUCUAUCCGUCUCGUCCAAUGCAUCCUGCAAAAGCAGUACCUAUUGAGCGUAACCAAAGGCGGUGGCGCAAACGCCGCCAAUGCGGCUCUCUCGUCCGGUGCCGCUACCCAAGGCUGGCAUGGCUUCGACGAUGCUGUAAAACACGUGCGGGGUCAAACGUUCUAUGAGCUCCAAAAAGGAGAGGACAAGGCUGUGAAAGCAAGAGCCCUCCUUUCCGGAAGUGGGAAUAGGCAAACGGUCUUUGUCGUGUUCGUUGGCGGCAUUACGUUUACGGAGAUUGCGGCACUUCGAUUUAUAGCCAAGCAAGAAGAGACGCCCGACCUCUCGCGGCAGAGUUCGUCUUCGAACCUGUCGUCCGAGGUUGCUCCGGAAAUAGUCGUGUGGACUGAGGAUAUGGAUCUUGACAGUCCAAGUCAGGAUGACUCCGAUAUCCUGUCGGAUCUGGAUAUGAGCAGUGACGAAGCACCCGACUUUUAUGGACUGUCCAGACAGGCUGAUGAAGAAUCUGAUGAGGAUAAUGAGGCAUCCGAAGAGGGCGGUGGAGCCCCCGAAGAUGGCGACGAAGCAUCCGGGCUUGGUGAUGCAUUGCUCGGGGAGGUCGAUGUGGCAUCGGGGAGCGUUAAUGCUGCACUAAGGGAGACCCACGAAACAUCCGAGGAUGAGGCAGCACUCGGUGAUGUCGACGAACCAUCCGAGGACGAUGAUGAACUGCUCAAGGAUGUUGAUGAGGCGCCUGAGGAAGUUGAUGGUGAACUCAAAGACGCUGAUGGGAUGUUUGAAGAUGCCAAUGAAGUGUCCGAAGUCAAUAGCACCCUUGAAGACGCCGAUAGAGCGCCCGAAGAUGCUAAUCAAGCACUUCAAGACGUCGAAGAAGCACUUGAAGUCACCAAUGAAGCCAAGGAAGUUCUGGCUGUCCCGGCAGGGGGUGAAGCAGUGCGAUCUGUCUCCUCGCCAUCAGCCUUGACCGAACUUUCCGAACUGUCCUCCUUAUCUUCAAAUGUAUCAAGCAAGGCCACGACACCUUUCGACGCAGAUGCUUCCAGAGGCCUCGAUUCCAAGGAAUAUAUCGUCUCAGAGUCUUCUAAGAAGAACCCUCAGUUUGAAGGCAAGAGACUCUCAGCCGAGAUGGGCGGUAUGAUCAUCACUGGCUUCGAUCGUGGAAACCCUAUGAAUAUUCUUGUACGGGCACAGCUUGGGAUCCCCUACCACGCCUUGACAGCCGAUACCACCAUCUACGAUAAUAAUGGCAAGCCGGUGGACAUGGUCCGAGAUCUGCUGGUAGAGAAACUCUACAACGAUUGCUUGGAUCGGGUGAGUGAAUUUAAGCACAAGUCACAACCAUCCAAAUUAAUCGAAGGAAAGCGCGAUCUCAUUGAGGAUGGCCGCGACGCUCCCGGAGAUGGCAGCAAAACCAUCAUGCAGGCAGAAGAAGCCACUGCAGCUUUGCCUCAUGCCCCUCCAGUCUCACUACAGAGUGUCCCAGAACAGGUAAAUAUGGUUCCAGUCUCAUCGGACAAAGUGACUGGCCGUGUACACACUCAGCCUGGGGUUCCUGCCACGCUCAAGGCGUCCGAAAAGGCCAAGCUCAUGGGAUGGGACGUAAAAGCGGGUUCUACCGACAGUGAUAACGUUGAUCUGAACGAUGCUGUCAAUCAGGAGGGUGCUACACUCGGCUCGGUUCUGGACUAUGCAGUAUCGCAGUACAAACAUCUCAUUGAUUUGACACCUCAAGAUUUCCGGCUCUUCAAUUGGCACGUUGCCAAUUUAGAAUACAGCAAUGCCACCAACCUCCAUCGACUCAGCCUGCCACUUUGGGACAUUGAUGCUGGAAACGAAUGGGAGGGGCAUCAUACCAUGAUUGUGGGUGGAUAUCAAAGCGUCGCCCGAGGCCUUGUCCACUGCCCAGAGCCACUGGAUGUUAGGACGAACUUUCCCGUCAAAAGUAUCAAAUACAGAGCUGAGGCUUCAAACAACGGCCCUGCUAUCAUUGAAUGUGAGGAUGGCACCGUGGUAGAGGCUGACACUGUUGUCUGCACGAUUCCUUUGGGCGUGCUCAAGCAGAACAGCAUCACUUUCGAUCCUCCGCUUCCAACUUGGAAGACAGGCGUUGUGGGCCGUCUCGGCUUCGGCAUCCUGAACAAGGUUGUUUUAAUCUACGACAAGAUCUUCUGGGAGCCUGAUAGGCACAUCUUUGGGGUCUUAAGGGAUCCUCCAAACCGCCAUAGCACAAACCAAAAAGACUAUGGAGUGAAUCGCGGCCGCUUUUUCCAAUGGUUCAAUGUGUCUAACACGACGGGCGUCCCUUGCCUGAUUGCUCUAAUGGCAGGCGAUGCAGGCUUCGAAACUGAGCAUUCCAGCAAUGAUGUUCUGGUUGCAGAGGCUACUGAGAUUCUACGAAGCGUGUUCGGAAGCGAUGUUCCGUAUCCUGUUGAGGCUAUGGUCACCAGAUGGGGUUCCGACCGAUUUGCGAGAGGAAGUUAUUCAUCCGCAUCCCCCGAAAUGCAGCCGGAUGAUUACGAUGUAAUGGCACGGCCAAUUGGAAAUCUCUUCUUCGCCGGGGAGCACACGAUCGGCACGCAUCCAGCGACGGUUCAUGGCGCAUACAUGUCAGGGUUGCGAGCAGCCUCGGAGGUGUUGGAGGCGAUGUUGGGCCCGAUCGAGGUCCCGACACCGCUCGUUCUGCCGAAGGAUUCGCUAUUGCUUCAGAAACGCCAAGAAUCGGCAAAAGACCCUCGUAAAGCUCUCCUAGAAGCCUAUGAGUUGGAAGUUUGGCACCAUUUGCAAUCACAUAUUGGACAUCGCCCAGCCCGGCCCAGCAAGCCGCCUGGUAACGCUUACAUGCUGUUCAGCAGGGACAAGUUUGAGGAGGCACGAAAGCUGUGUGAAGGAAAUCGAAAGCCCGGUAGAACUAAAUCAGCACCGAAUGAGGUCCGAGUGAUGACUUCUAAGAUGUGGAAGAACGCCUCACCAGAUGAGCGCAAACCCUAUGAAAACCAGGCCGCCGAAAACAAGAAGGCCUACGCAGAAGCUUUACUGCGGCACACAGAGGAGUCCGAGAAGUGGGACCGCCAGGCUAUCGCACUGCGGGCAGCAUACGAGAAAGAAAACCCAAAACCGGUCGGCGAUGAGAAACUCACCCCAGACGAAGGGCCAGGCCCCAAGCAUCGUCGAGUCAGACCCGUGAGCUAUGCCGAGGACCGCGAUGAGGACCGUAAUUGA